CCCCUGAAUCCACAGCAACGCCUUAGAUAUUUCCACCUCCAACUCCCCCCUUACGACCAAAUCCAAAAUUCGCACUAUUUCAAGGCAAUUUCCCCUCUUUCUAAAUUGUAACAUAGGAAUAAAAAAAAUACUCUUAAAUAUAUAUACGUACAAACAAAAUUAUCGUCGUACAUAUAUAAAUAUAAAUCCAUUCACCGCAAAUCCAGCAUUUCUUCAUUUUCCAAUUUCCUUCUCCGAUCCCAUCGCCCCUCCCUCGCUCUCUCGUUGCUCUCUCUCUCUCUCUGUCUAUUUUCAUUAUUUUAUCCUUUCGUUUGGAUUUUUGGUUGUGAAACUUUAGGGCUAGGGUUUUGAGAGAUGGGGCAACAGUCGCUGAUCUACAGCUUCGUGGCGCGUGGUACGAUGAUCCUCGCCGAGUAUACCGAGUUCACCGGUAAUUUCACCAGCAUCGCGGCUCAAUGUCUCCAGAAGCUCCCUGCUUCCAACAACAAGUUUACCUAUAACUGCGAUGGCCACACCUUCAAUUACCUCGUUGAAAAUGGAUUCACCUACUGUGUGGUAGCAGUUGAAUCUGCUGGCAGGCAAGUUCCAAUUGCAUUUCUGGAACGAGUCAAGGAAGACUUCAACAAGAGAUAUGGUGGAGGGAAAGCUGCAACUGCUACUGCGAAUAGCCUGAAUAGAGAAUUUGGGUCCAAAUUGAAGGAGCAUAUGCAGUAUUGUGUGGACCAUCCUGAAGAGAUCAGCAAACUUGCCAAAGUGAAGGCUCAAGUUUCUGAAGUCAAGGGUGUUAUGAUGGAAAACAUUGAGAAGGUCCUUGAUCGUGGUGAGAAAAUUGAGUUGCUGGUGGAUAAAACAGAGAACCUUCGCUCACAGGCACAAGACUUUAGGCAGCAGGGAACUAAGAUGAGAAGAAAGAUGUGGCUUCAGAAUAUGAAGAUAAAAUUGAUUGUUUUGGGUAUCCUUAUUGCCCUGAUUCUUAUCAUUGUGCUGUCAGUCUGCCAUGGCUUCAAAUGUUAAUCUGUCUUGGAUUUCCCUUGUACCGCUCUUGCUGCCUGGGUUGUCUUGAUAGAUUGGUUUGUCUUACUUGUUUUUUUAGGGCAUAUAUUUCUCCCUUUGCUAGCCGUUUAGGAUAGGGGGAGGCUUUGUAUCUUGGUUGGCUGUAUAGGUUAUAGUUUGAACUUGUUACGGUAGAUAAAAAAUUUCUAUGGAGGAUUUCUUCUUUAUAUUGUAAUGGGGGAUUACUCGGAUGCCUGCAUAUCAUAUUUGUCCUUUUGAAAUGUUAUUAAUCUGUUUUUUUGUUUUUCUCGCUUA